AUGAACAAGUCCCCGUGUGAAUAUGUUUUGCUGCUUGUCACCGCGAACCAUGUGCAAGUGAUCGACAUCGAGCUUCACUGCGGACCCAUGCUACAUGAACAAUUCAAGCUCGCGAAGAUCGAUUCUCAAGGUGCUCCAGGACACAACUCUGUGACUUGGGCACAAAAGCGGCGGUUAGGUCGACAACGCAAGGCAAGGCCAUUUAGCGACAGGGGGGGGGGGGUUCAAAUCCUAGAUUUAUUGACUCGAUCGAGCUCAGUCGUGAUGGCCAGUGGCGCAACCCGAUUGGUCGCUCGGCUUUCGAAAGGAGACGAUCCGAGUAAGAUCCUUUCCAGCCUAUCUACUAUCAACAAGGGCGGGGAGUGCUAUGUUGAAUGCUGCAACUAUCGCGAUUCCAAGCGGGCUGCGGGUCUACUGUCAAGAAACGAACUGGUCGCUUGUCGCGUUGGAGAGGAGUUGUAUUCUGCUGCUAGUAUAUCAUGCUUCGCGGGGUAUCAGAUUUUAAUGCUGAUCGCACAAGCACUGGCAUAA